AUGGCGACGCUUCAGGAGCAGAUGGCAGGGCCAUCACGUCCUCGCUUCACAGGAUGGCUCACCAUGGCACCCGAAGUUGAUCCGCCUCGCCCUUCCAGCGACCCGCUCCCAGCGGCAGCAGCUGCUCCACCGCAGAGCCAGCCAAGCGCCUCUUCGGAUCCACCCUCACCGAUCCGAUUCGAUGCACAACCUGCUGCGUCCACGCAUGGCUUUGGCUACCUCGGACAGCAAGCCAAGCUGCCACAGCGCAAGAAGCGUCGUGCUACAUUCCAAGUAGGCUCGCCGGGUCUGUCUGAAGACGAUGCCGGCAGCUCCUCUCGUGCAAGCUCGGACACACCAGACUUUGACGUUCGCGCCUCGUUCGCGCCCAUGCCGGUGUACGGCAAGAAGCCAGCAGCGCAGCUCUCCACCUAUCGAGGCGUCGGCGAUCAGAGCAGCGCGGCAUUCACACAUCAAGCAGGAGCUGCUGGCCCGCGAGCACCGGCGGCCAACACGGUCAUGGACAGCAGCAGCGACGAAGAAGCAGAUGGCCUCUCGUUCGGCGGUCGGCGAUGGAAGGGCAAGACAGUCCACGCUGUCGAACAGGAACUCGAAGCGCUGCGAGACGAGCGUCUCAUGAGUCAUGCGCCGGACGCAGCCUACCUCGCCUCGCGUCUUGAGGGCGUUCGACGCAACCUCGAAAUCGAAGAGCGAAGACCGAGCUACGUCCCCUACGACGAGGACAUGCUCACCGACGAGGAAGUCGAGGCAGCCCUGGCACCCGAAGCUUCCGAAGUGGUGCGACAACUAUACCCAUUCCAGCCUGCGGACAACAACGCCGGCGUGGCACCCCCUUUGGCGCACCGACCCGUCUCCAACGCCUCCUCCGUCAGCCUCGUCGAGGGCGAAACACCGCACGAUCUCGACUUUGGUCUUCAAUUCGAACCGGCGUCCUACGCGGACGUCAAGGUGCACGAUGCCAGUGAGGUCUCGAUGCCACCCAUCUCGGAUCUCUCGAGCGCAAAAACGAUUGACCCAGCCGCGCGAGCUGCGGCCCUGGACGCACGCAUCGACAUCCGCCCGCUCCGACGAGGCGAUCUCGAACAGGUGCGCGAUUUGCACGCCUUCCACGGCGAUUCAGACAGAGCCCCCGAUCACGGCGAGACGUACGCCUCCACCGCCUCGUUCCUCCUCCGCCUCCUCGUCGACGACCGCCACGUAUGCCUAGUGGCAGUAGCCAAACCAAUUCCGGAACCAGCCACGCCUCUACCCGGCACCACGACGUUCACCCACGCUGCGUCCACCCCUGAUGCCUCCGGUCUGGCAUCGCUGCACAUUGGCCCCUCCUCGGAUGACGACGACUCGACCGCCGGGUCGAGCGCCUCUUCCCCUCGCGCCCUGAGCGUGUUCUCAACCACCCCUACCGAGAAACACACUGCCCCCGUUGCACCACACACCACCAUGAUCAGCCCACGUGACAAACUGGGUCGGAUCAACAAUACGCCUGCCACUUCCGUGUUCUCCGACAUCUUUGCGGAAAGAGGCGCGGUGAAGCGGUUUACACUGGACGACUUGCCUGGACCGACCGAGGUGGCGCCCGUCAAGAAGGUGCUUUCCAUUCCGCCGGCGCGACCGCUCGGUGGGGAGCAGAGGGUGGUGGAGAGCGAGACGAUUUUGGGCGUCGUCAGUGCGCAGUUGUCGAUGGUGGUUGCUGCUAGCGAAGACAGUCUUUUCUCCACACCACCGGUGAGGAAGGAGGAGGAAGCGGUUUCGUUGGUCGAUGUGCACCUGUUGACGUUGGCGACGGCGCCGGAGGAGCGUGGGCAGGGGUUGGGUGCCAAGUUGCUUGCGAGUCUGCAUGGCGAAUGCAUGGUGCGCGCCCGAUUGAUGGCGCUCAAAAUGCGUGCCAAGCGAUCCAUCGCUACUGCUGGUCCCCUGCCCAGUGUGAGGGGCAUGAGCCCACGGUUCGUCGACCUCCCCCUCCCCGAUCCUGCCCUGCCAACACUGGUAGCAGGCACAUCCCUCGCUUCCCUCCGCAACCCUCACCCAGCGCGCGGCAAGUUCCUCGCACGAACCUUCCUCGAAGUUCACCCCUCCAACGUGCACGCUCUGCAGCUGUACAGAGCACACGGCUUCGCAGCCCCCCACGACGACGCCAAGGCCGUCAAGAGAGGCUUUUACAGAGGCGAUGUAAGGAUUGCCUCGAGCGAAAGGACCAAGCGCGGCGGAACCGACGCUUGGGUUCUGCAGCGAUUCGAUGGUGCGUUGGAGACGUGA